AUGAAAUUCCUCACCGCUGCUUACCAGACUCAACCGUCGCCACCGCUGCCGAAGUCCCUCUCUAUGGAGAACAGCCUCCGGCUCCCCCCUCUUUGGCGGUGUAGUUUAUCGCCACAGUGGCUACAUCGCCCCACCAUCUCGAAACCUCAACCCCCCCUCUACUGCCAUUCAGUUAUGCACCUUGCCGGAAAAGUUCCUCUGCUCACUCGAGAGUUUUCAUCGAAAAAGUUCAUGUGCCACCGAUUGCCACAACUUCCCUCAACCGUCCACCGUGAUGGGUUGAGAGUAAAGCUGGGCUUCUGUGAAGAUAUAAUGGGUCAUUCAAAGCCUUUAGAGUUUAGGUCCAAUUAG